AUGGUAAAACAUGAGAAGGUGCGAUAUCUGCGAAGUGGGCAAAGGCUGCCACCUAAAAAUGUAUACUACUACCGCUGCCCUGACCAUAGAAAGAAUUAUGUGAUGUCCUUUGCAUUCUGUUUUGACCGAGAAGAAGAUACUUAUCAGUUUGCUUACUGCUACCCAUAUACAUACACUCGCUUCCAGCAUUACCUUGACAGCCUACAAAAGAGAAACAUGGAUUAUUUCUUUCGGGAGCAGCUUGGCCAGAGUGUGCAGCAGCGGCAGCUUGAGCUCCUGACAAUAACCAGUCCCGACAAUCUUCGGGAAGGGGCAGAGCAGAAGGUAGUAUUCAUCACAGGACGAGUCCAUCCAGGGGAAACUCCCUCUUCGUUUGUGUGCCAAGGGAUCAUUGACUUCCUCGUAAGCCAGCAUCCAAUUGCCCGUGUCCUACGAGAACACCUGGUCUUCAAGAUUGCACCAAUGCUUAACCCUGACGGAGUCUACCUGGGCAAUUACAGGUGCUCUCUGAUGGGGUUUGAUCUGAAUCGCCACUGGCUGGAUCCAUCUCCAUGGGUUCACCCUACACUGCAUGGGGUGAAACAGCUCAUCAUCCAGAUGUACAAUGACCCAAAAACAAGCCUGGAGUUUUAUAUUGACAUUCACGCCCACUCCACCAUGAUGAAUGGUUUCAUGUAUGGCAAUAUCUUUGAGGAUGAGGAACGGUUCCAGAGGCAGUCCAUUUUUCCCAAACUUCUCUGCCAGAAUGCUGAGGACUUCUCUUAUUCCAGCACAUCCUUCAACAGGGAUGCUGUGAAAGCAGGAACUGGCCGGCGCUUCCUUGGUGGGCUCCUGGACCAUACCUCCUAUUGCUAUACCCUAGAAGUCUCCUUCUACAGCUACAUCAUUGGUGGCACCACGGCUGCUGUUCCCUACACUGAAGAAGCCUAUAUGAAGCUGGGGCGCAAUGUGGCAAGAACAUUUUUGGAUUAUUACCGGCUGAACUCCCUGGUUGAGAAGGUGGCUGUCCCCAUGCCAAGGCUACGACGGAAAGAAAAAACCCCUCCCUCCAAGCACCCACUCCUGCGGGGCCUGGCCAGCAGCUACCCCAACAGCAAAGGGGACAAGAAGAGCUCAGUGAACCACAGAGACCCUUCAACCCCUUUUUAA